AUGGAAAACGCCUUCACGCAUUCGGCCGACUCGGUCGUUGCUGGCCUCGGCGUAGACCCGGUGGCUGGCUUGACGGAGGACCAGGUCGUCGAGCAGAGAUCCAAGCAUGGCAAGAAUGCCAUCGCCGAGGAGCCGCCAACGCCACUAUGGGAGCUCAUCCUAGAGCAGUUCAAGGACCAGCUGGUCAUUAUCCUCCUGGGCUCGGCCGCCGUGUCAUUCGUCCUUGCGCUUUUUGAAGAGGAGGAGGGCUGGAGCGCAUUUGUCGAUCCCGCCGUCAUUCUCACCAUCCUCAUCCUCAACGCCGUCGUCGGAGUCUCGCAGGAGAGCAGCGCGGAAAAGGCGAUUGCGGCCCUGCAGGAAUAUUCUGCCAACGAAGCCAAUGUUGUGCGCAAUGGCGGCCAGGUUUCGCGCGUCAAGGCCGAAGAGCUAGUCCCCGGUGACAUCAUUUCCGUCUCUGUCGGCGACCGUAUCCCCGCCGACUGCCGCCUGCUGUCCAUCCACAGCAACAGCUUCGCCGUUGACCAGGCCAUCCUGACUGGAGAGAGCGAGAGCGUGGGCAAGGAUGAAUCCGCUGUGGUCGAGGAUGAGCGCGCCGUCAAGCAGGAUCAGGUCAACAUGCUGUUCUCGGGCACCACCGUCGUGACCGGCCGCGCCAAGGCUGUCGUGGUCCUGACGGGCUCCAACACGGCCAUCGGCGACAUUCACGAGAGCAUCUCGGCCCAGAUUUCGGAGCCUACCCCGCUGAAGCAGAAGCUCAACGACUUUGGCGACCAGCUCGCCAAGGUUAUCACCGUCAUUUGCGUGCUCGUCUGGCUCAUCAACAUCCCUCACUUCAAGGAUCCCAGCCACGGCAACUGGACCAAGGGUGCCAUCUACUACCUCAAGAUCGCCGUCUCGCUUGGUGUUGCAGCCAUCCCCGAGGGCUUGGCCGUCGUCAUCACCACCUGUCUCGCCUUGGGAACGCGUAAGAUGGCCGCCAAGAACGCCGUUGUCCGGAGUUUGCCCUCGGUCGAGACUCUGGGCAGUUGCAGCGUCAUCUGCUCCGACAAGACCGGAACAUUGACCACCAACCAGAUGAGCGUGAGCAAAAUUGUCUACAUCAAGGAGGACGGCUCGGAUCUGGAGGAGCUGGAUGUUGAAGGCACCACUUUUGCUCCCCGCGGCGACAUCAGCCGCGGCGGAAAGGUUGCCCGUGAUCUGCCCCAACAGUCUGCCACGGUCAGGCGCAUGGCCGAGGUCGCCGCCCUUUGCAACGAUGCCCGCAUUGCCUACGAUGCCCAGUCUGGCGCUUACUCCAUAGUUGGUGAGCCCACCGAGGGAGCCCUUCGUGUUCUGGCUGAGAAGCUUGGUCCCUGCCCGCCCCAGGAAUGCCACCCCGAGGAUCGCGUUCAUUACGCUAGCGCCUGGUACGAGAAGAACAACCAGCGUCUCGCCACCUAUGAGUUCUCUCGCGACCGCAAGAGUAUGUCUGUCCUGGUCAAGAACGGCGGCGACCCCCGGCUCCUGGUCAAGGGUGCGCCCGAGUCUAUCCUGGAGCGUUGCACGCACACUCUUGUGGGCGCCGAUGCCAAGAAGGUUCCGCUUGACAAGAAGCUGUCCGACCUGCUCUUCAAGGAGGUUGUCGACUACGGCAACCGUGGCCUCCGUAUUAUCGCUCUGGCGGCCAUCGACGAUGUCUCUGGCAACCCGCUGAUCAACAAGGCCAAGUCUACAUCCGAGUAUUCGCAGCUGGAACAGAACAUGACUCUCCUAGGUUUGGUUGCCAUGCUCGACCCCCCGCGGCCCGAGGUCGCUGGCUCUAUCAAGCAGUGCAAGGGCGCCGGCAUCCGUGUCGUUGUUAUCACCGGCGACAACCGCAACACGGCUGAGAGCAUCUGCCGCCAGAUUGGAGUGUUUGGAGAGUUCGAGGAUCUCAAGGGCAAGAGCUACACCGGCAGGGAGUUUGACAACCUCAGCCAGAGCGAACAGCUCGAGGCCGCCAAGCACGCAUCGCUGUUCUCCCGUGUCGAGCCGAGCCACAAGUCCAAGCUGGUUGAUCUCCUGCAGUCCCUCGGCGAAGUCGUUGCCAUGACUGGCGACGGUGUCAACGAUGCUCCCGCCCUGAAGAAGGCCGAUAUUGGCGUUGCCAUGGGGUCCGGUACCGAUGUCUCGAAGCUGGCUGCCGACAUGGUUCUCGCUGAUGACAACUUUGCCACUAUCGAGUCUGCCAUCGAGGAAGGUCGCUCCAUCUAUAACAACACCCAGCAGUUCAUCCGUUACCUCAUCUCGUCCAACAUCGGAGAGGUCGUGUCCAUCUUCCUCACGGCGGCUCUUGGCAUGCCCGAGGCCCUGAUUCCCGUGCAGCUCCUCUGGGUCAACCUGGUCACCGACGGUCUUCCUGCCACGGCCCUGUCGUUCAACCCUCCGGACCACGACAUCAUGAGGCGUCAGCCCCGCAAGCGUGACGAGCCUCUGAUCGGCGGCUGGCUGUUCUUCCGCUACCUGAUCAUCGGCACCUACGUCGGCCUGGCCACCGUGGCCGGCUACGCUUGGUGGUUCAUGUACAACCCGGAGGGUCCUCAGAUCACCUUCUCUCAGCUCUCCAACUUCCACCGCUGCUCAUCGCAGUUCCCUGAGAUCGGCUGCUCCAUGUUCGCCAAUGAUAUGGCCAAGUCGGCAUCCACCGUCUCGCUGUCCAUCCUAGUGGUUAUCGAGAUGUUCAACGCCAUGAACGCGCUGUCUUCGAGCGAGUCGCUGCUCACCCUGCCUCUCUGGGAGAACAUGAUCCUUGUCUACGCCAUUGCCCUGUCCAUGGCGCUGCACUUUGCUCUGCUGUACACCCCGGUUCUGCAGGGCCUCUUCUCGAUCCUUCCUCUCAACUGGCUCGAGUGGAAGGCGGUGCUAUACAUCAGCGCCCCAGUUAUUUUCAUUGACGAGGUCCUCAAGCUGGUCGAGCGCCAAUUCUUCAUGCAAAAGACAACGCGUGGCGUCAGUACUACCAAGAAGGAGCAGUAA